ACUGCAGCGAAUAUUUUUGUCCACGAACGUAUUUUAUUUAGCUGUAGUGACUCGGAAGUUUUAUUCUUCCAAUUUAUUUUAAAAUUAUUCGGAGUGGCCGGCGUAAUUCUGUAUUUACCGUAGAAUUUUAAAAGUCUAAUUACUCAUCAAGAUGCUAACCUUGAAGGACCGGCAGAUAAAUGCCAUCAAGCAGAUGCUUAAUAUGAACCAGCCACAGACCAAAGCCCUGGCCGCGGAACCUGUUUGGAAGCUUUUGAUCUACGACCGUGUCGGCCAGGACAUUAUUUCACCGCUUAUUUCUAUUAGGGAACUUCGCGAAUUGGGUGUGACAUUGCAUAUACAACUACAUUCCGAUCGGGAUUCGAUUCCGGAUGUGCCGGCGAUAUACUUUUGUGCACCAACGGAGGAAAAUCUGGGACGUAUAGCUCAAGAUUUCCAGAAUGGAUUGUACGACGUUUAUCACUUGAACUUCAUUUCGCCUAUCUCCAGGCAGCGAUUGGAGGAUUUGGCCGCUGCUGCCCUUCAAGCUGGAUGUGUGGCAAAUAUCCAUAAAGUGUACGACCAGUACGUGAACUUUAUAACGUUGGAAGAUGAUAUGUUUGUGCUGAAGCACCAAAACAGUGAUUCCCUCUCGUACUAUGCUAUUAACCGAGCAAACACACAAGACUACGAAAUGGAAGGCAUCAUGGACAGCAUAGUGGACAGUUUAUUUUCGGUGUUUGUUACACUUGGAAACGUUCCGAUCAUUCGAUGUCCAAAGAACACGGCCGCCGAAAUGGUAGCCCGGAAACUGGAGAAAAAACUCCGGGAAAAUCUUUGGGAUGCUCGCAAUAAUCUGUUCCACAUGGAUGCCACUCAAACUGGGACGUUUAGUUUCCAGCGUCCAUUGCUGAUUUUGAUGGAUCGAAAUGUGGAUAUGGCCACUCCGUUACACCACACGUGGACGUAUCAAGCUUUGGCUCACGACGUGUUGGAAUUGUCUCUAAAUCGAGUGAUUGUGGAGGACGACAAUGAAAAGGCUACAUCGACAGGGGCAAAGUCUAAAAUGAAAGCCUGCGAUUUGGAUUCGAGAGACAAAUUUUGGAGUUCCCAUAAAGGCAGCCCGUUCCCGAUGGUGGCGGAGGCAAUCCAGGAAGAAUUAGAACAGUAUCGAUCAUCGGAGGACGAAAUCAAGAAGUUGAAAUCCACCAUGGGAAUCGAUGGCGAAACAGAUGUGGCUUUCUCGAUGGUAAAUGACAACACGGCCAAACUGACGAGUGCCGUGAAUUCUUUACCUCAGCUUAUGGAGAAGAAACGCCUUAUCGAUAUGCACACCAAAAUAGCGACAGCAAUUCUGAACUUCAUUAAAGCGCGACGGCUAGACUCGUACUUUGAGUUCGAGGAAAAGAUUAUGUCCAAACAGGCGUUGGAUCGGGCACUGAGUGAUCUUAUGAAGGACCCGGAGUUCGGAACGCCUGAGGAUAAGAUGCGGCUGUUUAUUAUCUAUUACAUCUGUACGAACAUGCCCGAGUCGGAGUAUCAGAAGCUGGAACAGGUGCUGAAGGAGUGCGGGUGCGAUUUGGCCCCAAUUCCAUAUCUGCAGCGGUGGAAGAGCAUAAUGAAAAGUUCCGUUACAAAUCCCAAUCAGUACGAAGGUAGUGGCACGAAGACGGUUUCGAUGUUUUCAAAAUUGGUCACACAAGGAUCAUCGUUCGUUAUGGAGGGCGUCAAAAAUCUGGUGGUGAAGCGACAUAAUCUACCGGUCACGAAAAUUACCGAGCAGUUGAUGGAAUGUCGGGCCGGUGGAGAAGUGGAUGACUACCUGUAUCUGGAUCCAAAGCUGCUCAAGGGAGGUGACAUUGUGCCGAAGAAUCGGGCUCCAUUCCAAGAUGCCGUUGUGUUCAUGGUCGGCGGCGGAAACUACAUUGAGUAUCAAAAUUUGGUGGACUUUAUCAAAACGAAACAGACCGCCAAUAGCAAUCGUAGGAUAAUCUACGGUGCCUCGACUUUGACCAAUGCGAAGCAAUUCCUGAAACAGUUAUCGCUGCUGGGACAGGAAAUCGGUGGAGCAUAACUACAGACGUAUGCAUGCGACGGGUGACACGAAGAGAACUGGGUAUGUUAUUAGGGGUACUAUUGCGACAGUUACACUUGUUAGCCUGUUUUUUUGUAGCUAAGUAUAUUAUUUACAAUAUGCAAUAUAAAUAUCGUAAUAUCCUGCUAA